AUGAUAGGUGCACCCUCCAUCCUACAAAGUGACAAUGGUACUGAAUUUACGGCUGAAGUAAUAACGGAAUUGAAACUUUUCUGGCCGAGACUUGUCAUGGUACACGGUAAACCUCGUCACCCACAGAGUCAAGGCUCUGUGGAGCGUCCUAAUGGAGACAUUAAGGAUAUGUUGAUGCCCUGGAUGGGCGAUAACGACACCAAUGACUGGUCCAUUGGCAUCAAGUUUGUGCAAUUUCAAAAGAACUCGAGCUUUCAUUCUGGAAUAGGUAGGGCACCAUACACAGCAAUGUUUGGUUGUGAUGCCAAAGUGGGUUUAGCUACGUCUUCAUUACCACAAGAAAUCAUUCAGCGCAUGCAAACUGAAGAUGACUUACUCGCUGCCAUCAACGCGAGCAGCCUAUUGAUUUAUAAGAUGAUUCUGCUGCUGUGA